AUGAUUAGUAGUGAAGAUUUUAAUUUAUUACAAGAACAACUUAUUUCACUUAAAAGGGAUAAAUAUGAAUCAAGUGAAAAAGAAAAGAAACUUCAAAAUGAGAUCAAACAGUUAAAAGAUCAACUUGAGGAGGGUUCAGGAAAUAACAGUAAUAAUAAUGAUAGUGCAAAAAAGAAAGCAACUUCCUUUUUUUCAGAUGUAGUUGCUAGAAAAGGUAAAAUGAAUGAAAUUCAAGAUGAAAAUGAACAUUUAAGAAAACAAAUUCAACAAAAUACAAUUGUACAUCAAGAACAAUCUGAUGCAUUAAAACUUAAUAUAAAAUCUUUAUUUGAAACUAAUAGUCAAUUAGAAGAUCAAAUUUUAUUAUUAAAAAAAGAUUUAAAUACAUAUAUAAUUAAAGGUGAAGAUCAACAAAAUUUAGUAAGAAAAUUACAAGUUGAUUUAGCAGAAUCACAUUGUACCAAUGAAGAACUUGAAAAUAAAAUUAAAGAAUUAUCUUUAAAUAAUAGUAUUAGUAAUAAUAAUAGUGAUAUUGGUAGUGAAGUUGGUGAUUGUAGUAGUGUAAAUGGUGCAAACAAUAUUAAUAGUGGUGUUGUAACAUUAGAAUCAAUCAUCCAAGUUUUAGAUAGUUUAUCAAGUGAAGAGGAUGUAAAAGAAAAGAUUACUGAACUUUUUAAUUUAAAACAACAAGAACAACAACAACAACAACAACAGCAACAGUCAAUUAAUAAUACUACUACAACACCACCAUCACCUGUAACACCAAAAGAAAUUAUAUUUCAUCCAUUAGGUGAACCAGAAUAUAAUCCAGAUAAUGAAAAAGAAAAACAAAAAUUAAGAGAUACAAUAAAAAAUUUAAUGGAACAAAUUAGAGAGAAUGAUAGUAAAUCAAUAAAGACUGUAAAUGAUAUAAAGGAGUCACAACAAAUCAAUGAACAAUUAUCACAACAAGUUACACAAUGGCAAGAUAAACAUAGACAAUCCGAGAUUAAUCGUGUUAAAAUCGAAGAGAGAUUAGAGAAUGAAUUAAAGAGAUUAAAAGAGGAGCAAACAUUAAUGGAACAACAAAAACAACAAUUAAUUCAAGAGAAUCAAGAUAUUCAUCAAGCAUUACAAACCUCUUCAAAGAAAUUUGAAAAAUCAAUUGAAUCAGUAGAUGAAGCAUUACAUCAACAAAAAGAGAAAUUUGAAAAACUAUUACAAGAGAAACAGCAAGAAUUGUCACAACAAAAGUUACAUUUUGAACGAUCCCUAAGUGAUUUAAAUGAUAAAUCUGAUAUUUUCAAACAAUCAAGAGAUGAAUAUUUGACAAACUAUAAUCAAUCAAUUGAUGAAAUUAAAAUUAAAGAUCAAGUGAUAGCUUCAAAGGUGAUGGAAGUCGAUCAAUUGAAUCAAAGAAUCAAAGAAUUUGAAAGUACUUCAAUCGAUGAAAGAAAUCAAUCAAUUGAUUUAUUAUCACAAUUGGAGGAUUCAAAGAAUUCACAUAAUGAAUCAUUAAGUAAAUUGAAAAAACUUGAAGAGAAAUUAGUAUUGGAGAGAUCAAAUUUCGAUUCUUUAAAUCAAAGAUUUAAUAUCAUUACACUCGACCAUAAUGAUUCUAUUGAACGUACAAAACAAGUUGAAAAGCAAUUAAUUGAACUUGAAAAUGAAAAAGAUUCUUUAAAACAAACUAAUCAAUCACAAUCUUUACAAUUGACAGAGUUUGAUGAAAAUCUUACAAAUCUUAACCAAACUUUACAAGAGAAGCAACAAUUAAUCCAAUCACUAGAGUCUGAAUUAAAAGAGAAGUCUGAUGCUUUAAUUACAUUUAAAGAGUUACAAGAUCAAUUGGAACUUUUAAAUUCAAAUCUAUCAGAAACAACUUUAAAACUUGAUGAAGCAACAUCUCGUCUUUCAAUUUUAGAACCUGAAUUUGAAAAAAUAAAACUAAAUUAUGAUGAAGCUUGUAUUAAAAUCACAAAAUUAGAAGUUUCUUUAGUUGAUUUUGAAACUGAAAGGAAAAUAGCUGAAAAGAAAAAUGUUAAAAUGAUUAAAGAUUUGAAAAUGGAAUUAUCACAAUCUAGAGAUUCCUUUAAUUUAUUAUCACAAUCUUCAAGUUCAAUUGGUGGUGUUGCAUCUGGCCAAUUAACUCCAAACGGUACAAAUAAUGGUGGUGGUGGUGGUGGUAGUGGUCAAAAUACUCCAUUACGUGGUUCAAAUGGUAGUAUUUCAUUACCAUCAACGCCAAUCGUAACACCAAUUCAAUCAAGACAUCAAAGAACUGCAUCAAGAGAUUUCCAAUUAUCAUCACCAACUUCUAAUAAUAAUAAUUUCGCUUAUACAUCUUCACCAAUUAGUAAUAAGCCACCAUUAAUACCAUCAUCACAAUCAUCAAAUUUCAUUAAUAAUCAUGCAUUAAAUGGUGGUGGUAAUAAUAAUAAUGGUAUAAGUGAUAUUCAACUUAGAACUGAUUUUGAAUUAAUGGGUAAAAAAUUAGGUGAACUUGGUACAGAAAAUUAUAAAUUAGAUGAAAGAAAUAGAACAUUAGAAUUAAAGAAUAGGCAAUUAACAGAAGAUUUGGAAAAGAAAUCAAAUGCAGUUAGAUUAUUAGUUUCAAAAACUCAACUUGGUAAAGCAACCUCUGAAGAAGAAAAAGCUAAAAAAUUAAAAAGUGGUGGAUUUAUGGGAAGUUUUUGGAGAAAUAAUGAUCCAAAGAUUGCUGCUGAAAUGGUCGAAAAAAUGGAAGUUAUGUUACAAGAGAAUGUUCUUAAAAAUUUCCAACUUUCAAAUGAUUUAGAAUUAUUAGGUACUGAAACUGGAAAAUUAAAAUCUCAAUUAUCAAUUUAUGAAUCAAUUUUAAAAGAAAAUAAUAUCGAAAAACCAACUUUUAAAAAUUUACAUGAAAAUUUAAAACCAAAUAAUUUUGAAAAUAAUAAUAAUAAUGAUGAUAACUCAACAACAGCAACCACUACUUCAAUUCAAAUUGGAAGUGAAGAAAAUUAUAAAAUUUAA